AUGCACGGCGCAUCGUCCCGCAAGGAGCCGAGCCAGGAUGGGUGGUGCUGGCUGCCGUCUUCGCCUACCGCCGCGUCGUGGGUGGCCGAGCGUGGAGAUGGGGCGGACGUCGUCGUGACCAAUGAACCAAUCGUCGUGCGUCGGCCGUUGCCUGCCGACGUCAGACGCGGGCGUCGUUGGUCCAUGCUCCUGAGGGCGCCGCGCUUUGCGCUGCCACCAGGACGGGUGCCGUCCGUUGCGCCAUGGGUGGUUGUGGUGCGUGGAGGCGGGCUAGUUCCCCACGCGUCUGAGGGCGUUGCUGGCCGCCAGCUUAUGCGCCUGAGGACACACCGAUGCAGUGGCCGCGGGCUGGCCGAACCGCCGUUGCUCGGCUCUGCGUGGUUGUAGACCUUGGCGCUGGAGGGCGCCGCCAUCAUGGUUAGCCCCGCGAUGGAGGCGACGCAGCCGGGCGCCUCGUGCACCUGCAAGCAGGAGGGCUUGCCCUUCGUCGUCGCGGAGUUUUCUUUCCUUGUGGCCUUCUACUCUUGACAGAGCAAGUGCGUGAUAACGUGUUAGAGUAAAACGAGAUUGAAUGAAAAUGAA